CGUGUUAUUAUAUGACUCGAUAUAUAAACACUGAAAGCGCUGAAAAUCUUGGUUGAGAGAGGAGGCGAAUUCAGAGACUUGCAGAGACUUUUGUGCUGAAACUGAUUCUUCAAGAAGCCCUGAGGAUUUCUGAGAGACAUCGGAGGAUAUUUUCUUCGAAAAGAAUAUAUAAUUAUUUUAAUCGUUCAGAUUACUUGUUAAGACGCUUAUUUUAUUGCUCUUUUGUCAUUUCUGUUUUAGUUUGUGCCUUUUUUCUACUUGUUUGUUUGACAUUUCAGUUGUCUUUUAUUGAUUUGUCAUUAUAUUUUCUCUUGUUUGUAUUUUCUCUUGUGGUGGAGUUUUGCAGGACGGUCUUCAUGGCGCAAAUGGCUGAAAGAGGAAGCCGCUCCAGAUCCAGGAGUGCAGCUUUCACCCAGACAGCAGUUCAGGACACAGAGACACGGGACGCUUCUGGUGGGCUUCAUGGUUAUUUGGCUCCUCUGUCCUCUCUUUUGGCCGAUUCAGUGUCCACAGAUCAGAGGAAGAGGAAGAGGAAGCAGCAAACGGCGUCCACCUCGUCUAGGAGACCUGCCAAACGCUCUCGCAGAGACCAAUAUGCCAAGGGCCCGUUGCUGGGACGAGGCGGAUUCGGCUCUGUGUUUGCUGGGAUCCGCAGGUCUGAUGGACUGCCAGUGGCCAUCAAGUACGUGUCUAAAGAGCCGACGGACACCAGACUGAAAGUUGACGGUCAGGGUCGUCUGCCACUGGAGGUGGCGUUAAUGACCCGCGUCUCUUCAGCUCCUGUCUGCCCCAGUGUCCUGCAGCUGCUGGACUGGUUUGACCAUCGCAGACGCUACGUCCUGAUCCUGGAGCGUCCGGCUCCUUGCCAAGAUCUCCAGAGUUUCUGUGAGGAGAACGGCUGUCUGGACGAGCCUCUGGCCAAGAAAGUGCUGGUGCAGCUGAUUGCGGCGCUGAAACACUGCGAGAGCCGCCGCGUCCUGCACCGAGACGUCAAGCCAGAAAACCUGCUGAUCUCCACAGACUCACACGACAUCAAGCUGCUGGACUUUGGCUGUGGAGAUCUGAUGAAGGACUCGGCCUACAGAUACUUUGCAGGCACUCCAGCUUUUGCUCCUCCUGAGUGGUUUCGGCAUCAUCGCUAUCAUGCCUCUCCACUGACAGUCUGGUCCAUCGGCGUGACUCUCUACAACAUCCUGUGCGACUGUUUCCCAUUCAGAGGCGCACAGAGGGUCACGUCCAAAAGCAGACUGCACUUCCCGAGGAAGCUGUCGACAGGUUCUCCAGCUUUAUGUCUCGAUGAAACACUCCACAAUAGCAGCACAGAUUGAGGGACACUGUUUCCUGCAUCAUGAUUGAUCUGUGUUGCGUCCUCAUGGAUGGAGCCUCAGUGAGACAUCGUGAAAUCAACAGGUCUUGUCAUGGUGAGGGACUAUUUCAGGAUCAUGAUGUACAGGUCAGGCUGCUCCGGUCAGUCCAGUAGCUGAAUGAUCUCUAGAUCUCUGAGCAGGAUUAACAGACAAACCGCCAAUGGAAUGGUACCAGGAUUGAAGUGUAAUGAAGUGGCUGACACAGAGGGAUCCAUUUGCAGUAUUUUUAUUAAACACAGUUGAAUAACAAAUAGCACACAGAUGUUGUGCAUGUGUGUGUGUCACAUCAAACACAGUAGUAUAUCUUAGUUGGGCUGGUGGCAGGCAAACACAGGAUGACUAAGCAGGCAUUGGUCAGAGGCAGGCGGCUAGUAUCAGAGUUGGCAAACAGGCUAGAGUUCAAGGCAGGCGGCGAGGAUCAGAGUCGAGGUUCAGGCAAAGGUACAAAGCAGGCGGCAGGCAGGACUGGGUCAAUAAUCAAAGCAAGGUCACAUCGGGAAAGCAGGCAAG